AUGUCAUCGGCGCAGGCGCCCUUGUCUGCCUCUACAGAUUCUGAAAUGACAGGGUCAUUGUCGAAGACUGGGCCGAGCAGUGGGAACACCGCGCCCGCGCCGACUGGCAAAAAAGAUUAUCGAGGGUUCGUGGCCGGAGUCUUCUCCGGGAUUGCGAAGCUCAGUGUUGGCCAUCCAUUCGAUACCGUCAAAGUCCGUCUUCAGACCAGCAAAGAUGCGCAUUUCCGUGGACCACUCGAUUGCACGUUGCAGACCGUGCGGAAGGAAGGAUUUCGGGGGCUGUACAAGGGCGCCACGCCUCCGCUGGUCGGAUGGAUGGUGAUGGACUCAAACCGCAGCAUGCUGGGAUCCUUGACGCUGUACCGACGAUUACUUCUGGAAAACGUCUUCUCCAAGCCGCACCUUCGCGCUUGGAUGCCCUUCUCGCGCAGCCAGUCAGAUCUUGGCAGUCUCCCCAGCUUCGGGCAUGGAAUCGCCGGCAUCAUGGCUGGCACGACUGUCAGCUUCAUUGCCGCGCCGGUCGAGCACAUCAAGGCCCGUCUACAGGUGCAAUAUGCGGCCGACAAGACCCAGCGCAUGUACAGCGGGCCCAUUGACUGUCUUCGCAGGAUGCUUGGAACCCAUGGCAUCAGCGGCGUCUACCGCGGUCUCUGGGCCACAGUUCUUUUCCGCUCCUUUUUCUUUUUCUGGUGGGGCUCCUACGACGUGCUCACGCGCUAUAUGAAACAAAAUACUUCGUUGUCUGCGCCCGCAAUCAACUUCUGGGCCGGCGGCAUCUCGGCCCAAGUCUUCUGGCUCACUUCCUAUCCGUCUGAUGUCGUGAAGCAGCGCCUCAUGACUGACCCGAUGGGUGGUGCGCUCAACGAUGGGGAGAGACGGUUCCGCGGAUGGAAGGACGCGGCCGAGGCCGUGUGGCGCGAGCGUGGGUGGAGGGGGUACUGGCGGGGAUUUCUCCCGUGCUUCCUUAGGGCGUUCCCGGCGAAUGCGAUGGCUUUGGUUGCGUUCGAGGGAGUCAUGCGCGCCCUGCCGUAA